CUAAUCAUCAAGGUCUGAUAUAAAACUUGACUUAUUGCAGUCAUAUCUUUCCUUUUUAUGGUCAACCAGAAGGAUGCCACAGAUUAAUGUCAUCCUUAUCCCACAAAGCCAAGGAUCUCUUCUGCUCCAAUCUCCAAAUAAUCCUAGAAGUAAUUUUCAAAACUGCCCAACUUACUUCUAAGUCGUUGAGUAAAGACCUUCAAGCCUACGAACUCAGCUCAAUGACCUUUGACUACAAAUGAGCAGAUCAAGUAUUGCUCACAACCAACACUUUAUGGGUCCAAUCCAGAUUUGAAUAUGAGAAUAGGUAAAGGAUAUUUAUUAACUCCUCUAGUGUAGAGAUACGGAGCAUGACACGAAUAUGAGUACACCCAAGUGUCAUUGUUUAGACUCAUUCAACUUCAUGAUUGCCAAGUUGAUCAGCUUAAAUGGACUACUAAUGAAUAUUAUACCCUUCAAAAAU